AAUUUGGUGAAGGGAUGUAACGGUUUAGGGGUAGACAAAGAAGAAAAGGAGUAAAAAUACAAAGAGGAAAGAGAGAGAGAGAAUAGAAUGUUUGCUUUUUCUUUCACAUCUGUUGGAGUUUUGAAUUUGCAUCUUAAGAAUUUCGGGCUAGGCUCAAGGUAUGCCCAAAGGUAUGCCAGUUGAUUGAAAAAGAAAGUCAACUUUCAAGAUUCAAGAUUAAGUAAGUGUUCAGUGUACUAAGAAAAAUGGGAGCUAGAGAAGGAAAUAGUAUGUGCAUACAGCUUGAGCCUUGAGGCAGACUAAAAAUGAUCAAGAUCAGAUGUGGCCACCAAGUAAAUGUAGUCUCCAAGGUAGUUGAUCUCUUGGAGCACAAGCUGGUACAGGGGAGAUUAGAUUAUAAAAGCUUUGUUUGGAUUGUGAGACAAGCUCCAGAAUUAGACCUUGUUCUUUUCAUCCAUUAUCUAUACAUGGCUCCAAAUGAUAGGAGAAAACAGAAAAUUUCAUCUAAAGAAGAGUCUUCUUAUGUGGAACCGUGGCAAGAACUUCCUGAAACGCUACUCAACUUUCUCAAAAAGGGACGUCUCUCCAGGAAACGUGGUUCCACUGCACAAUCCAUAGGUUCUGCUGGUGUGUCUAAAUCAUGGAGAUGUGCAUCCAAGAAAUGUGAUUCCAUCGCACAAUCACCGUGGCUUGAGCUUUCAAAUGAACCUCAAUGCUAUUGCAAGACUCAGCAGCACACCUUCGACAGCUCAUUUGUAGAAGGUGGUGGCUAUUGGUGGCAUGGUAGAAGUAGGCCACGUUAUGAUCCUUGGAAGCAUCUUCAUUACAACUCACCUUGGUUUUUCGUGACAGGAAAGAUGAUUCAUAUUAACAAUGUUCAUUGGGCUAUUCACUCAUCCCAAAUAAAAAGAUCAUUAUUACUUUCCUAUUCCCCUUACUGUGGGGGUUGUAGUUGUUUCCCACCUUUUGCGGUUUAUGCACUGGGGCAAAACCAAAAGCGUAUGAAACAUGAAAGCAGUCAAAAUGGCAUUAUUGAUCCGAAUGAUCCUAAGAAGCAAUUGAUACAAUUCUGUAAUGCCAUUAUCUUUGAAGGGAAGUUUUAUGCACUAAGUUUACAAGGGACCCUGGCAGUUAUAGAAGAAAUUGAACAUCAGUUUCAAGUCACGCGGCUAAGUAAAAGGCGAGCCAUUCCUUCAAGCUACUCAAAGCAUUUGAUAGAGUACUUUCUUGAAUCUAAUGGAGAGAUCUUGCUCAUUUUCUUGAUCUCAGAAAGAUCAAACAGGAUGGUCAACAAAGUGGAAGUGUUCAAGCUGCAGAUUGAAUCUUUGUCAUGGUUAAAGCUGGACAACCUCCGAGAUAGAACGUUAUUUGCGGGGAUUAAUUGUUGUAUGUCAGUGCCUGCAAGUCAAGCUGGCAGCAGAAACAACUGUGUUUAUUUUACUCAUCAUGCAAUUGAUGGUUGGAGACUGUACGAGAUGGAAAGUGGUUGCAUUUUUCACUGUUAUGAUGAAGCUGGUUCCGAGAUAAAAAGUUCAGUGUGGGAGAAGGCAAUAUUUAAAAAUCAUUACGUGAACCAUGAAACAUAUGUUUCGACAUGUUUUUUUUGGCAAUAAAUAUUUAAUCCCCCAUACUUUUUUGGUACGCAUACAUUAUCCCACGCAACCAAGUACACCUUCCUCUGUCCCUCCUGACACCCCCACAAGAAUUCUCUACACUUCCUAUCUACUUCUUUCAGUACACUUUGUGGAAGGAUGAAAACAGCACCCCAAAAAUUAUAAAUUGAGAACAGGACAGCAUUGAUAAUCUGCAGCCUCCCCGCGUACGAAAGCUGCCUUGAGUAGCCAUUUGUUAUUCUUUUAGUGAUCUUAUCCACCAGUUGAUGACAAUCAACUUUAUUCCACUUCUUAGAAGAUAAUGGUAGUCCUAGGUAUCUUAUAGGUAGUGUACCUAUUGAGAAACCAGUACUUGCCAAUAUACUUGCCUUAGUGUCAUCAUCAAUUCCGGCUAGAAAUAUGUUUGAUUUCUCCAGGUUUGCAACUAGGCCAGUGGCUGCACUAAAAUGUUUUAGAGCUUCCAUCACUCUAAAAUGUUUCGACAUGUUAAUAACCUUGUUAUGUUGUGAAAUAAAAGUGUACAUAAAA